UGUAGCAGAUACAGAGCAGGUCCUGGUUGGGCAGUCACUGCUGUUGUGUUGUGUGUGGAGAUCUCUCAGAGCAGCAGCCCCUGAUCAUGUGACUCCUCCUCCUCAAUGUGACUGAUCACAUGACGGUGACAUCACCGCAGGUCCUGUAAGCUCACGGCUCCUCUACAGAUACAGGUUUCUCCAAUCCAGGAUCCUCUGCUGAUAUCUUCUAUAUAAGAGAAUUCUCCUGGAUGACCCAUCAACCAUGGAGAGAGACAGGAACAAGAUGGCCGACAGGAUCAUAAACCUCACCCUACAGAUACUCUUCCGGCUUACUGGAGAGGAUUACACAGUAGUGAAGAAGUCCUCUAGUGGGCGCUGUCGGGCCCCUGUGUGUGAAGGACGGGGAAGAACCCUGAGCCCAAUCCCGGGGCCCCCACCUCACUCCCUGAUACAUGAGGAAAGGGAUGAACAAAAGAUUCUAGAACUCAUUAACAAGAUGAUGGAGCUACUGACUGGAGAGGUUCCUAUAAGGUGUCAGGACGUGGCGGUCUAUUUCUCCAUGGAGGAGUGGGAGUAUGUAGAAGGACACAAGGAUCAGUACAAGGAUCAGGUCAUGAUGGAGGAUCAGCAGCCCCUCACAUCACCAGUCAGAUCCAGUGAGAGAACAGCACUAGAGAGGUGUCCCCGUCCUCUUCUCCCACAGGAUGAUCAGGGAGAAGAUCUGAACAAUAUUAAUGCUCCAGAGACAGAUGUGAGCGGUGAUGAGCAGUAUGAGGAGAACAUUCCUACAGAGAAAGAUCUGAUCUAUAUUAAAGCUACAGACAUAAAGGAAGAAGAAGAGACAGAUGUAAGCAGUAAUGAGCAGUAUAAGGAGGACAUUCCCACUGAGCAAGAUCUGAUCUAUAAUAAUGCUACAGACAUAAAGGAAGAAGAAGGAGAAGAGACAGAUGUGAGCGGUAAUGAGCAGUAUAAGGAGGACAUUCCUGCAGGGAAAGAUCUGAUCGAUGUUAAUCCUACAGACAUAAAGGAAGAAGAAGAGACAGAUGUGAGCAGUGAUGAGCAGUAUAAGGAGGAUAUUCCUACAAAGAAAGAUCUGAUCUAUAUUAAAGCUACAGACAUAAAGGAAGAAGAGGAGACAAAUGUGAGCUGUGAUGAGCAGUAUAAGGAGGACAUUCCUUCAGGUAAUCACCCAGAUUCUUGUAGCAGGAGAUCAGAGGAGAAUCUUAUAUCUUCAGAUUAUAAAGCAGAUGAUGAUAUCACACAAGAUACAUAUGAAGAACAUUCCAUUAUCCCAGAUACACCCUCAGCCCUUCACAGCCAAGAUCUGUCAUCUCAUCCUUAUAUACAGGUCCUGUCUUCUCACUCAUCACAGGAUGUUCAGCAAAAUAAAGGUCACAGAAGGGGUGUUGGACAUCAACAAGCUCAUACAGGAAAGAAACCAUAUUCAUGCUCAGAAUGUGGGAAAUGUUAUUCUUCUAAAGUACGUCUUGUUCAGCAUCAAAGAACUCACACAGGAGAGAAGCCAUUUUCAUGCUCAAAAUGUGGCAAAUGUUUUACUUUUAAAUCAAGUCUUGUUCAACAUCAAAGAACUCACACAGAAGAGAAGCCAUUUCCAUGCUCAAAAUGUGGCAAAUGUUUUACUUUUAAAUCAAGUCUUGUUGUACAUCAAAGAACUCACACAGGAGAGAAGCCAUUUUCAUGCUCAGAAUGUGGAAAAUGUUUUACUCAGAAAUCAGACCUUGUGGUACAUCAAAGAACUCACACAGGAGAGAAGCCAUAUUCAUGUUCAGAAUGUGGGAAAUGUUUUACUGAUAAAUCAAGUCUUCUGAAACAUCAGAAAACUCACACAGGAGAGAAGCCAUUUCCAUGCUCAGAAUGUGGGAAAUGUUUUACUGAUAAAUCAAGUCUUCUGAAACAUCAGAAAACUCACACAGGAGAGAAGCCAUUUUUAUGCUCAGAAUGUGGGAAAUGUUUUACUCAUCAUUCAGGUCUUAUUAAGCAUAAAAGAACUCACACAGAGGAGAAGCCAUUUUCAUGUUCAGAAUGUGGGAAAUGUUUUACUCGUCAUUCAAGUCUUUAUAGGCAUAAAAUAACUCACACAGGAGAGAAGCCAUUUUCAUGCUCAGAAUGUGGGAAAUGUUUUACUGACAAAUCAAAUCUUGUUAUACAUCAAAGAACUCACACAGGGGAGAAGCCAUUUUCAUGUUCACAAUGUGGGAACUGCUUUACUAAGAAAUCACAUCUUGUUAGACAUCAAAUAAUUCACACAGGGGAGAAGCCAUUUUCAUGUGCAGAAUGUGGGAAAUGUUAUACUCAGCAAUCACAUCUUGUUAAACAUAAGAGAACUCACACAGGGAAGAAGCCAAUUCAGAGCAAUAAAUGAUGCAGAUAACACAUCUAUAUAUUAACCGCUUAGUAAAGGAAACCAUGAGCGAUGCAAUCUGUGCUUCUUAUGAAAUACUCAGACACUGUUAGAUGCUUUGCCACAGUUUUUUCUUUAUUCGAUCAUUUUGGUAAAACAUUCGGAGCUGUAACAUUGGAAGCUGCAGAUGUUAUUAGUCGUCCCAGCAGAGAUGGUGUUCAUUGUUCGGGAGCCAUCAGGGUCUGACGUUUCGGGGGAACGCCCCCUUACUCAUGUGUACUAGAGCCUGAGAUUCCAGGAUAUUUGAGGUGGGAUGCCACCUGUUCACAAUCGAGGGAUUUCUCUUAAAGGAACAUUUACAAUUAUCUGAAGUAACAGAUUUAUAAGUAAUUUUACAUCUAGUUGCAUUUCACAAAACAUGGUGGAUUACAAUAUUCAUUCAUAAAUAAGCUUUCAUCUACAGAUGGGGAAAUCGUGUCCAGGUAGGUUAUCCAAUAUACUUCCCUUUACAAGAGACGCCUGCGCUUUAUAUUCUCAUUCCCUUCAGUGUGAAUUUGUUCUAAGAUUUGUCACCUUACUUCCUUCACAUUAUGUUGUUUUCCUAAAAAAUGUCUCGCGACAGUAGUUUCACUGAAUUUAGAUGAUUCACUCACUGUUUUAGUGUUUAUAGCCUUUCUAAUGUUGUUUUUAUGCUCCAUUAUUCUAAUUUAUAUUUUUCUGCUGGUCUGUCCGACAUAACAUUUGCCAAAUAUUUAUGU